AACGCCCUCCUUCCCUACCCCUCCUCUCCAACCAUUCCCCUCAGUCCUCCCCCGACAUGCUGCGGCGCUGCCCUAGCUCCUUCUUCUCCAGUCCCCACCUCCUUCUCCGUCUGCCAUAGCUUUCGCUCUCUCCCUUUCCGACGGGGGCGACGAUUUUCCGGCAGUUGAAGAAGAUCCGGAAGAGCUCGUUGGCGGGGAGCUCGACGGGCGGCGCGGUGCUUCUCUUCUUUCUCAUCGUCCUCAUGCCUCAUUUCCUCCAGCUGUGGCGAUAGAGGAGCAUCCAUAUAAAUAGCAGAAGUUUGAUGCAGAGUUUAAGUGCAACGGAGUUCUCUUAAUGUGGUGAAGAAGACUUGUUGAAAAGGACAAGCCGGGCUGUGAUAGGAAUUUGGCUCUCUAUGGGAAUACGAAGGGAAAAACAAACAAGAGGAAUGAACGAAGAGAUGGAGAGGAUGGAGUUCGGGCAGUUGAAUUUUUGUGCAGCGUAGGUGAGAUGAGAACAACUGGCUAUGAAUCAGAUAAAGCUGGUGCUAUGUUGCUGAUGAGGAUAUAUGCUGAAUACCUAUAUGGCAACAACCAAAUUAAGAGAAGAAUACAAAAAGAAACAAGUUGGAUGUCACAGUAGCCAAUCUGCCACUGGAUGGUGAAUGGCAGUUCAGAGAAGAAGAGACUGGCUUAAACUUAAACAAGGCAAUAAGUGAAAGAUGAUAAGGAGUGCUGAGAGAUAUAGCCUCUCUGCAAGCCACAGAAGUGUGUGAAUGCGUAUGAUAAGACAGUAUUUUGCCAGAUUCUUUGCUCCACCAGAUCCUCUCCUUCUUGCCAAUGAAUCGAGUCAUUGGCAGUGAGCCUCUUGUUGGAGGUAUUUGUGGAUCUGGCUCCAACCCAGCAUUUGUCCCCUUGGCAGACGAUGCAGACACCAAUGUUAGAUUCAUUGGCCAGUCAUCUCAUGCUUUAUGAGGACAAGUUCAGAAUUCCAUGUCCAAGUUUCUUUUUCUCCAUUCUAGGUAUGUCAAUGUUUGUCGUCUUAAUUCAUGGCUCCUCUUCCCUACAAAGCAUGAUAUAGUAGAUCUUGACAUUGUUUUGCCUGUGGAUUCUGGGACGAUUUUGAAUUUUAUGAUACAUCAAAUUGGGUAGUCUCCAACUUCUUGAAGAUUUAACAGUCCAUGGAUGCUAUAGCAGAGAACUGUCGUCAUAGAAACUCACAAAAUUGAAGGUACAGAAGUCAUUUGAUGUUCUCUUUUGGAGGACAUUGAUCUUAUAAUAGAUGUUCCCUCUGUUGUCUCUUGAACUAUGUGGAAGUAUCUGGCAGCCAGCUUAUAUUUUAUAUUUUAUUAAAACUUAUCAUCUAUUACCGGCAGUGGUGUUAAAUUUACAAAUAUGCUUCUGAAUUUUGAAUGUUUUAUCUGGGGACUUUUUGUUGGUUGGGCUUCUUAAAAAUCUUAGUGAUGCUAAAACUGAAACUUUGUGAAUGUGGAUCCAGCUAUACUGACACCAAAACUUCUGCUCAGUCUAAUAGUUCAGGUAUUGAUGUGUGCAAUACAUUUAGACAAGAAUCCUGACAUAAUAUAGAUAUGAAUAGAUGUAAUAUAUAAGCAACCUUACUUUGACAGAUUCUGUUGUUGUUUUGCUUUUUAAUAGUUUGAAGGAGUGAAAUCAUGAAAAUACAGAAGCAUGAAGCAUCCAUAAUACAAACAGCAAAUAUGUGGCAACAUUAUUUCCUAGUUUGGGAUUAGCAGUUAGGAAUUUCAUUGUUUUAGGGUAAGAAAACAAUUUUUUGUCACAAAUUUAUUAUCAGGCACAUGUGCAGUUGUGCUCAUUGAUUUUGCUUUUUUUUUUGUGCGUGUGAAUGUGUGAUCAUCACAAAAAUUUGAUUUCAGGACUCUUUCAAUGUCUGUGUUAUCCCAGCUCAGUUUUCUCAAAAUUUCAAGUUAUAUACAUUAGAGGAGAGGAGGGGACUAGUAGUACUCAGAGCUUUGUUGUCCUUUUCAUAGUAGGCAUGGGGGGUGUCGGCAAAACUACACUUGCAAGGCAUAUUUUAUGCAUGAGAGGCUUUUCCCUAAUGGUUGAAAAUUUGAGAACCAUUUUGUUCUUUGGCAAUUAUGAAACAGGUGAAUUUUAUAAGGUUCUUAAGAGCAUUUUAAAAUACUCGAAAAGCCUGCGAGUGUUGGAUUUAUCUUACAGUAACACAGAAAUCAGCAAACUGCCAAAAGCUAUUGGUCACUUGUCACAUCUACGGUACCUGGAUAUCUCUAACACUAAAAUCUGUUGGUUGCCGAAGCUAUUUUGUAAGCUUUAUCAUCUACAUGUGCUGAACUUGCAGCUGUGCGAUUUUAAUGAGUUACCUGAAGGCAUGAACAAAUUGACCAACUUGCACCAUUUAUGUGCAGAAUCUAAGACAGUUUCUCUAAUAUCUGGGAUUGGGAAACUUCUUUGCCUUCAAGAACUAAAGGAAUUCCACGUUGGAAAGAAGAAGGGUCACAAGAUAGAAGAAUUAAAGGACCUAAAAGAACUUCGAGGGCAGCUAUUAAUUCAGAAUCUUGAGAAUAUUGAUAACAAGGAAGAGGCCAUGAAUGCAAAACUAAGGGAAAAGAAGCACCUUGAUGCACUGCAUCUUUAUUUUGAGAUAAAGGAUGGACCAGUGACUAGAUCCGGCUUCAUUUUAACAAGAAUGCUCAAAGUAUUUUCAAAAAGCGAAAAUACACCUAACUUGAAAGGGCUACUUGAGGGGCACGAACCUUAUUGUGAUAUCAAGGAACUAGUAAUCAAGGGUUAUGAUAGCGAUAUGUUUCCAAGUUGGCUGGUCUAUAGAGAACGUUUCACUAGUCUAAAAUCUAUUCAUCUAAGUUCUUGUGACAAGUUGACAAGCCUUCCACCCCUUGGGCAACUUCCCUCUCUCAGGGUCCUGCAUAUUGAAACAUUGCCUGCACUGAGAAAAAUUGGUGUUGAACUAUAUGGCGGUGUUAAUGGUGCGGUUCCAUCUUUGGAGGAUCUGAAACUACAAGACUUGAAGGAAUUUGAGGAGUGGUUAGAAGUACAAGGCCAGCGGUUAUUUCCUUGCCUCAAAAAACUCCACAUAGAGCAAUGUUUGAAGUUGACAAAAUUUGCCCUCCUCAUGCUAAACUUACCAGUUACAGAGCUCAAAAUCAACUCAUGUGGUGACCUUGGCAGCGCAUUACCUAGAUGUCUACAAAGACUCACCUCGCUCACCAUGUUAAAGAUCUCAUUACCCACACAUGACAUCUCUGACUUUGCCUAACCUGGUUGCCCCUACAGACUUAUGCCUUUCAAACUGCCCAGAGCUGAGUUUCCAAGGGGAAUUAUAGUCCCUCACUGAUCUGAAGCAGUUAGAGAUUGCAGGAUGUCCAAAGUUAUGCGAGUCGUUACACCCAGAGCAACUGCGUCAGAACCAGGGUUUGCUAUCUCUCAAUGAACUACAUAUGGAUGACAGCCUCCUAGUCAACAAUCUUGGGAUUCUCCUGGGAAGCCUACCUGCUCUCCAAAUUCUGAAGAUUUCAGUUGCAGUCAUCUUGUUUGCUUAAGUGAAGAGCAGGAGAUGUGGCUUCGGCAACUAACCUCUCUCCAAGAGCUACAGUUUUCUAAUUGUGACAAUCUCCAGCAUCUGCCUAAUAAUUUGGUAACCCUAUCCUUUAUCUGUCAGUAAUAUUUGCAUUAUUCAUAUAUUAACGGCCUGACCGCAAUAUUAUAUGAGGACAACAGUUUAUGUAAGUCCUUAUUUUCCAGCUCUUUUCCUUCUUUUUUCUUUAAUCAUAUUCAUAUUUCAAUUGUUUGAAGAGCUUGCUGGUCUAAUUGGGAAUUCUUUUAUUAGAUCUCAGUAACGGUACAUGUUUUUUAAGGCUUAAAGGACACAUUCUGUAUUUUGUCAUCUAACUGCACUCUAUUCAUCUAUCGCAUCCUUGCAGGUAAAUAGAAAUAUUUCCAUUUCUUACCUGGCAUUUUAAAUUUCUAAGGUUAGCUUGAGAUGAGAAACUCUAGGAGGCAUUGUGCCAAGGUUGCAUUGGACCAGCCAACUUCAAGGAUGCGACAAGCUUCAGACAUGCUGCGAUGUUCCACAAGGAAGCCAGCUUCCAAAUGUUCUAAACUGGAAAGCACUUCAUGGGAUCCUGACAUGCUGUAAUGGACUCUAAUUUGGAAUGCCACAAGUUUGCGCAUUUUUUUCCCUUCUUUUCCUUUCCUCUCAUUUAUUUCUUUUUAUUUUUUGUUUUUAUUGCUGAGAAAUGUGAUCGCCGUGCAUUUGCAUGCAUCCUUGGAUGAUAAAUUGCAGAGUUGUUGAAGUGAAAUAUGAGUAGUUUGGGGUGUCACAAAAUAUGAUGUAAGGUCUUACUGGAUGUUCAGCACAUAUCUUCUCCCCAUGCCCAAUGUUCAGCACCAUCUGGAAAGCAAUCUGCUGAGAGCUGGGGUUUCUUCAUGCACAAUCCUUUUUCGACUAUCUCUGCACUGAAUGGGUCCAGCAGAACUUUGCUAAGAACAGCCGGCACAUUAUACUAAUGGUGCUCGUAGCCGUGGCUUGGUCUUGUUAAAGAGAAAGGAACGCCAGACUUUUCCUUAACAAGCACAGACCCAUUGCCUCAAUUGCGACUGAAGCACUGCAUACAUUCAAUUCAAUGAUUGGUCACUAAUCUGUAGACACAGCACUCUUGCAGAUUUUGCUGUGGACUAGGGUGAGGCAUGUUCACAAUCAUCUGGUCGACCUCUGAAUUCUACCUGCACCUUUUUGGUAUCUCUAGCAAUUGAAGAUGACAGGUGGCACGGGCUUUGGCACAGACUCUGCACAGCACAGUCUCUGGCAUGAAUUUCUCUCUGCUACUGGAAAACUGCUGGUGUCAUCUCCAACUCCCUUACUUGGAUGGCUGAAAACUCUAGUCACUGGGUCUUCUUUCGACCGGCUCAUGGCUAAGGAGAAUGAAGAGCUGUAGAAUGAUGAUAUUGCUCCUGGGGCUUUACACAUUUGAGGUUCUUGAUGCUGGAGAUGCUCCCAAUUUUGGUUCAUCAAUUCUUUGCUAAUGUAAUUGAUCACUUGAUCUCACUUCUUUUGUAAAUACUUUUUCAUCUUCAAUAAAAGUCGGGUGGCUAUUUACUUAGCAUACUUUUCCAUCAAAAAAA